CUCUCUCUCUCUCUCUCUCUCUCUCUCUCUCUCUGCCUGCCAUUCUUCCUUUUUUCCUCCCAAAUUGGUUUCUUCUGCUUCAGGCAGAUAGCGCCGGUAGUGGUGGCAACAAAACUAGAUUGGGGAGGAGGCAGCUGCCGCAUCUCGAAGGACGCCAUCAAUGUGCGAGUUCCUGUGAAAUGGAUUGCGGUGAGACCGGUCCUUGAAUCGAUCCCGCUUUGGGGCAUGAUGAGAUACCAGAGAGUGAUUCCGGAUGUGCUUCCCCUCGGUAAUGGAAGGAAACCUUGCCUGAGACCCUGCAAGGAACACGAUGCGGUUCUCGACUACACUUCCGAAGCAAAGCCAUCUCUACUGGCGAGAUCCGCGUCAGGAUCGGCCAAUCCCUCCCCACCACGAGACCAACCCUGCUCCUUCCCCUCGGAUUCGUCACCGGCGCGGUCCAGCGACCGGCCGCCCUCCUCCUCCACUGCUACGGCGGCGAAGGCUCAGAACCACCACUACCAUCGUGAGGUAAACGGGCUGAGCCCUGACGGAGGCGGCGACGUCCUGCUCCAGUGGGGGCACAACAAGAGGUCCCGCGGUUCGAGGGCGGAGGCGUCCCCCGCAACCCACUCGAGGCAUAAAAUACAGCUGAGAUCGGCGGCCACGGUGAUGCCCCCUCCGUCCUGUGGCUCGUUUUCGAUGGGCGCCAACCACCGUCCUCUGAUCACCAGAGGCACCGAGGAUUCAUCGAGCGGCCUGACUCGUACUGAGAGGCGUUGCCCGGCAUCCCCACCGGAGAAGUCCCGUAAGGCUUCAGCCAAGGCCACCCUGAACGGCUGCACAGCAGCAGAUGUUUCUGCGAAUCCAGAACAGUCGAAGCGGGCACCGGACCGAGAAACGGGUGGCGGCGGCGGCACCAUGACGGCGGGUGAGAAGCUGAAUCUGGAUAAGUUCGAGUGGCCGAGGAUUUAUGUAUCCCUCUCCAGGAAGGAGAAAGAGGAUGACUUCCUUGCCAUGAAGGGGACUAAGCUACCCCACAGGCCCAAGAAGAGGGCCAAGAACAUCGAAAAAGCCCUCCAGUACUGUUUUCCAGGGAUGUGGCUUUCGGACUUGACAAGAGGGAGAUACGAAGUGAGGGAGAAGAAAAGUGUGAAGAAGAAGAGAGCUGGAUUGAAGGCAAUGGAGAGCUUAGAUAGUGAUUCAGAGUAAUUAAUGAUGAUGAUGGCUCAAAAUCUUCUUCUUUCUUCUCUUUUUGCUUGGGGGGUUGUAGUUUCAAUCCCUCCUUUUGGCAGUCGAUAGAGAACUUGUUAUCCUUGCUAUCUUAGCUCUUGUACACAUCUCCAGCAAAAAGAAAAAAAAAAAAAGGAGAAAAAAUUGUCUUAGUCAGUCAAAUGCUCUCCACUCUCUUCUUCAUGCAUGCUAUGGUAGAUCUUCAGUAGAGCUUUCAUUUUAGCCCGAUGUGUGAUGUACGUAUUUGGUGAUGAUCCAAUCCGAGUCACAGAGGAUGUCUUCAACUCUAUUAUAAAUUCCCAUCUUCUAACCAUGGAAUUGAAUGUUUCGUA